AUGAGAACCAUGUCUGAUGAGACAGAACCAAGGAUGUGUGAUGAAAACCUGGAGUCAGACGAGGGGGACGUUGAGGACUACCUGGAGGAAGAGGAGGGGGACGUUGAGGACUACCUGGAGGAAGAGGAAAACAGCGGAGAACUGAUGGACCGACUCAGAGAGCUGGAGGUGAGUCAACCACCAUCACACUUGAAUGAAUACAAGACAUAUCAAAUUAUAUCAUGUUUUAAAUAUUAUAUAAUUUCAACACAUUCAGCGUAUUUAUUUAUGUUUUCACAUUUUAGAAAAAUAUUUUAACAUUAAACAUUUACAUUUAUGAAUAAUCUAUUGUCUUCCUGUUGCCAGGCAGAAAACUCAGCUCUUGUGUUGGCCAAUGAGAGUCAAAGAGAAGCAUAUGAGAGAUGUCUGGAUGAGGUGGCCAACCAUGUGGUCCAAGCCCUGCUCAACCAAAAGGUAAUUCACAACAAACAAUCCACCAUUGCCAAAACACAAUUUUGAACCACCAGCAGUAAGGCAUGGGUUGUCAUCGUGGUUAACUUGGUCAUCGUGCUAUACAUUGUGUGUGUGUUCUGUGUGUCUUUGUAGGAUCUGCGAGAGGAGUGCAUCAAGCUGAAGAUGCAUGUGUUUGACCUGGAGAGACAGAACAGAGUGUUGUGUGAGCUCUUCCAACAGAAGCUACCCAACCAGUCAAGCUCUCACGACCAGGUAUAAAGCAGCGUCACCAUUUGCCCUGAGACAUGGCUGUAGACUCCUAUGGAAUUAGACGCUGUAGAUUCCAACGGCAUUAGAGACUGUUGACUUCUACGGCAUUAGAGGCUGUAGCCUCCUACGGGCUGUAGACUCCUAUGGCAUUAGAUACUGUAGACUCCUGCGGCAUUAGAGGCUGUAGACUACUACGGCUUUAGAGGCUGUAGACUACUGCGGCUUUAGAGGCUGUAGACUCCUGCGGCAUUAGAGGCUGUAGACUACUACGGCUUUAGAGGCUGUAGACUACUACGGCUUUAGAGGCUGUAGACUACUACGGCUUUAGAGGCUGUAGACUACUACGGCUUUAGAGGCUGUAGACUACUACGGCUUUAGAGGCUGUAGACUACUGCGGCUUUAGAGGCUGUAGACUACUACGGCUUUAGAGGCUGUAGACUACUACGGCUUUAGAGGCUGUAGACUACUACGGCUUUAGAGGCUGUAGACUACUACGGCUUUAGAGGCUGUAGACUACUGCGGCUUUAGAGGCUGUAGACUACUGCGGCUUUAGAGGCUGUAGACUACUACGGCUUUAGAGGCUGUAGACUGCUGCGGCUUUAGAGGCUGUAGACUCCUGCGGCAUUAGAGGCUGUAGACUACUACGGCUUUAGAGGCCGUAGACUACUGCGGCAUUAGAGGCCGUAUACUCCUGCGGCAUUAGAGGCUGUAGACUCCUGCGGCAUUAGAGGCUGUAGACUCCUGCGGCAUUAGAGGCUGUAGACUCCUGCGGCAUUAGAGGCUGUAGACUCCUGCGGCAUUAGAGGCUGUAGACUCCUGCGGCAUUAGAGGCUGUAGACUACUACGGCUUUAGAGGCUGUAGACUCCUGCGGCAUUAGAGGCUGUAGACUCCUGCGGCAUUAGAGGCUGUAGACUCCUAUGGCAUUAGCGGCUGUAGACUACUACGGCAUUAGAGGCUCUAUCUACACCCAUGUCUCAGGGCUUCUGCUGAGUAUUUGAAAUGAAUCUCUCAGCUGUUAUACCUCUUGCUUCAUGUUGUUGUAAUGUAUAGAUUCAUAUAACAAUGCUGUGCUUAAUGUGGUGUACAUGAUUGCAUUGAAUAUCAUGUUACAGGUGCAGCCGGGACCCCUCCCAGUGUACAAUACACAGCUGCUGCACAAUGUCUCUGACAAGCAGGUGGUGUCACAGAGCGAAGCACAAGCCAAGGUGAGGACAGAGCACUGUUAGCACUUAAUCCUGAGACAUGGCUGUAGACUCCUAUGGAGUCAAACACUGUCUGGGUUACGUUAGCAGUCAUGACAUACUCUGUGGGGUCCAAGGUUUCUCAGAUGAAAUGGCAUUUUCUUUCUAUUUCACUAUUGUAUUCAAGAGACCUGGACUUUCUAAUUUCUGUUAAACAAUGAGGCUGCAGUCUUGAAGUGUUAUUGAAUGAAGUGAUUUCAAUCUUGUUAAUUACCUUUAUUUAACCAGUUAGGUUAUUGAGAACACACUCCCAUAAUAACAACCUGAAAAUCUUUCUCUCCACAGGGAAAUGGGUUCCACCGCACACUGCCACAGGCCCCAGCAACUCCCCCCCGAGGCCCAGCUGCAUCCAUGGAGGCCCUGUCCCCAUUCUUCAAGAAGAAAGCACACAUUCUGGAGGUCCUCCGCAAGAUGGAAGAGACAGACCCCCUCAAGUUCCACCCCUCUGCAGGCAGCAUCACCUUCUGUGACUACAGCCAGGUCCUGAUGUCCACAGAGGCUGUGCUGGCUGCUGGAGACCUAUGUAAGAAGCACCAGACACUCUGCUCCUGCUCAGACUCCAACACGCAACAACAGCAGCACAUGAAUGGUGAAGGGCAGUUAUGUCCUACGCACCUCAAAAAGAGCACAGACAGUCCAGUCAAAUGUAACCAUGUUUGUGGUAGUACUGCAAAGCUCAACUUGAUCCCGAACCAUGUCAAAGGCAUAUCCACCACAGCUGCUAUCAGUGAAUGCCACAUCAAGAGCACAUCAGUGGAGAAACAACUGACAAUGAAUGAUCACCAGCAACCAGCAGGUCCAAACUCUUACUUGUCAGUCACAGUUGUAGAUCAGACUAGUCCAGCCAAUCAGGGCCCAGAGGCGGGAUUAAAGACUGGGCAGGUCCAGGACACAGAGGAGGAGAGCUGUCUUAAAGGGAAGUCUGAUGAGGAUAGUAGUUUGUUUACCUCCCAGCUGCCUGUCCCUGGAGUGAAGGACAAUCCUCAGAUAGCAUACUGUGAGCUGGAAACCAAUGGGUUUCUCCUCUCUUCCAAUGACAGUGAUAACGUGUUGAGUGAUGUAGUUAUUCCAGAGAAGGACAGUGGCCCAGCAGAGGAGGGGGCUCUCGCUGGGAGAGCCAACGUGGCCCUCAGCCCCAUCCCUUCAUCCUGUCUCAGCGAUGUCAAAGCCGCUGCCAUCAAUUCCCCGUCCAAGAUCCUCAAGUUCCUAAAGAUCCCAACAAUGGCAGAGAGGACCCAGGCAGGGGCCAGCCCUGUCCGUCUGAGCCCCCAGCUCACCCGCACAUCGAAGAUCCCCUGCCGCACUAACAACUAUGAGGUGUACCACUCCCCUGUCCCCUCACGCAGAGCCGCCACCACAGAGAGGACCAGGCAGCCUCCCCCUCCACCCGCCAGGUCCGAGUCCUACCAAGCCACCACGCACUCAGCCUCAGCCCCCACCUCCCCGCCCCAGCCUGAGGACGCCUGCUCCCCUCCAGCCAAGGAGCUUUGCUACAGAAGCCUCUCGGCCCUCAAGGCCAGCAAUGGUGUCCCUGAUCCACUGGCCUCUGGCACUUCGCACACACCAAGGGCCUCUUUGCAGAAGGUCCCGUACUACGAGAACAUGUCGGAACUCUCCACCUCGGCUCAGGUAGAAGAAUCCAAGGUCCCAGAGAACGUAAACAUAUCAUCUUUCUCUCAUACCAUAACAGAAAGUGACAGGAAGCACAUUAAUUCACUACUACAGAAAGAGAAUGUCCUGAGUCUCCAGCAGCAACAUUUGUCCCCUGCUUCGGACUCCUCCUCCUCUUCCUCCUCCUCCUCAUCUGCGUCUGAUCAGGAUGGCAACCCAGAGAGCCCAGUCUGGCACGGCCACCACAGUCUGCCCAACCCCUUUGCCCUCAGAGCAGCUCAGUCUCAGGGCAGCCCAGCUCACUACGCCAGCAUGAAAGACAGAGGAUCACAGGACCAGGAUACUAGAGAGGCCACCAUGCAGAACUCUGAUCUCUCCCAGUCCCAGCCUCCAGCUCUCCCAGCCAAGAGACAUGAUCCCUCGUCCAUUCCCAAAAGGCCUUCUGGGGUAGCAUCUCCUGGGAGGCAGCCAGCCGAGUCUAGUCACACAUUCAAAGACAGGCUGGCUGCACUUGGCAAGCUGAGGAGCUCUGAGGAUUUACAAGUCAAUGUGCUGCUGCCAGUAGACAAGCCAGAGCCCCCGAGUGAUGAGAGUAUAGUCUCUUUUAACGAUGACAGGAGUAAGACAGCGGAGAGGCCUGUGGAUGGUAAUUUAGAGGAGCAGAGACACUCAAAAUAUACAGACUCUCUGGACGGUAAGCAUAAAGGUAUUCCUGGUAGUGUUGCUUUGAAGUUCCCAGGUGCCUGUCAGUCCUACGAUCCAGCAGCUAAGUCUCUCUUUGGCUCUUCAGUCGGCAAGGCGGAGCUGGAGAUGCUCUCAUCCAGAGUGGGUGUGGCUAAGAUGGACAGCCCCAAAGGUAAACUGGGCCUCCCGUCGCCAAACACUGACACUCCCAUAGUUUUACGCAACAACAUGAAAUGCCCGGCUUCUCUGAACCUGUCUUACCAUGGUAAACAACCUGCACCCAGCAUCCCUCACAGCACAAGCAGCCCCAGCAAGGUCCCUCCUAAGUCCCCGUCUAAACCGUGCCAGGGCCUGGCUCCCUCAGCUGGAACUGGGAAGCCCACCCUGGAGGCCCCGGCCCUGGUCCCACGGUACUCCUCCAAGUCAGAGGACAGAAGCAAACUCAACACAAACAAGAAGAGAAACACCACAGUGUACGGUGACAGCCUUCCUCCCCCGCUCCCAAUGCCAACGUCAGAACCGCAUCAGGAGGAGGAGAAGAGACACCUUGACCCUAUUGUCCCCAGCCCCACACUUGGCCCCACGUCAGCCAUCGAAGAGAAGGUGAUGAAGGGUAUCGAGGAGAACAUGCUGAAGCUGGCAGAACAGGACAGAGGACAGGUAUAAAUGUUUGUUUUUUCUGUGAAAUAAUGUUGUUUUUCUUAUGCAUUAUUUAUUAGUGACAUGUCUAAUUAAUUCAAUCUGGAGCUGGAAUUUUUGUAUGUGUUAGUAUAAAGUAUUUCAGAGUGUUUGCUGUCAGCAAUUCGAUAAAUAAAGACUUUGAACAGGUUACUGAGGUCAAACUGAAGGCCUCUAACGGGAUCGCCAGCUGGUUCGGCCUGAAGAAAAGCAAACUCCCAGCUCUCAGCCGCAAACCAGACACACCACCUAAGGUCAAAGAUGAGAAGAAGGGUGGAGAGUGGAGGCUGAAUAUCCCUUCCAAAAUGGCUGGGUCUAAGUCUAAAGGAGAGGGGGUGGGGGUGGAGAGCCUGAAUAUCUCUAUGCUGAUGGAGAAGGCGGAGGGUCUGAGGAGAGCUCUGGAGGAGGAAAGGGCCUACGUGAACGGGGUUGGGGGGGUCGGGAUGGACCGGUCUGGGAGGGGCCACUCCUGUGAGGUGGUGAUGGACCAAUCACAGGGCCAGCUGGCUGUGAUGUACAGGGGAGCGCGCUCAGACAACUUCAUGCAGCAGCUACUGAACAGGUGAUGAAUAGAUAUAAGCUAUGGGAUUCUAUGUUUAGGAUGGUUUUGUAUUGCUUUUGUUUGAAGUAAAACAACUUAAGUUAUUUUUUUAAAGUAACUAUCGCCAAGCACUAUCUGAAGUCGUACUCCAGUCUCUUUUUCUGCUCAUUUAUCACCUGAUUUACUUAAUAAAUGACACAUUUCAAUAGGUGGUCAAAGUGUCCUCUGAUAUGCACAAGUGGGGGGUGGGGGCUUUUCCUCUUUUGUUCUCUAUUGCUCCUCUAUUGUGCCUCAAGCAAGGGGGGAGGCCGAUGACAUCAGAGGGCACCAUCAGACUAACUCCUUGAAUGGCUUACUCCAUUAAGUUUGCACUAUUUUGCUCAAAACAUACACUCAUACAUUACUGUAUUUUUAACAGGAAAAGUUUUUUUUUUUUUUAUCGCCAGAGUACGUCUUUAAUCAAGCUUAAUCUAAAAAGGUCAAAUGUUUGUGUUGCCUAUCCUCUUUUUGAACAACAUCCUACCUCUGUGUUGUGUCUGUGUGACUAAAGGGUGGAUGGGAAGGACUUCAGUGGCAUCAGUGUGGCUCAGAGACGCCUCUCCUUUGACUGUAAGACCUCCAGACCGUUCAGCAGCCACACCACCACCAGCGGAGAGGACAUGCAGAAGGUAAGCUACAGAUUCAUUACAAUUAGUAUUUUUCUUUACUGUGUGUGUGUGUGUGUGUGUGUGUGUGUGUGUGAAUGGAGAAGGUACAAGUGAAAAUUAGUAUUUCCACUUUAUUCUGUGAGUGGGUUUUGAGAACUGUUUUUUAUUUACUCAGGGUUCAGAACAUCUGAUCAGCAAUGUCCCCUCAGAUGAGAAUUUAGCUGACCCAGUUCACUCUCAUCACUUCGCAGGUAAGAAAACUGAUCAGAUUAAUCAUUUUAUGGAGGCAUUCAGUAUUUCUCAGAUUGUGUUAAACCUUAACAAAUCAAAUAAUCUAAUCAAUAAUCUAAUUCGAGAAGGUUUUGAAUUGAAUCAGCCUGUGAGACAUGAAGGGACAUAAACUGAUUGUCCCUGUUCUCUCCUAGCCUCUGGUGCUUCCACCUACACCCUGGACAGUGGCAUUGGCACCUUCCCUCUGCCUGACUACUGUGGUGGUACACCUGGGAGAAGCCUGUCUAAGGUGAGGGGGGCUGGAGCUGAGCAUGGCUCCUCUGGUUCUCCUGGCCGGGCAGGGAGGAGGGCUAGGACCCUGGACAGAGAGCCCUCAUCAAUGGAGCAGUGCUAUCAACCUCACAGAGAGAUGACUGCCCCGGUAAUGUACGGGUCUGUACUGGAGGGGAAAGGCAUGUCCAGGCAAACAGCUGGGGUCAUUCAUGAAGGUACAGUACUGAGAAAUACUGUAUACAUCACAGUUCAUAAUAUCAAAUACUGUAUAUCACAAUAUGAAAUGAAUCACAAUAACGUUACUCAAUCAAAUACUGUAUAUCACACAAUACUCAAAAUCAAACAUAUACCCGUAAUACGUAUCGAUGAUUCAGUAUAAUUACCGGUAAGAGAAAAAAACUGGAGCUUUUUUACAACCAAAUCUCUAUUUUUGAUGUAAAUGGCAUGUUAUAGAAGGGGCCAGAAACUUUUUUUCCAUAUGAUUUCACUUGUUUUUGAGAAACAUACCCAAAACAGCGAUUAACUUCCUCAUCCUCGUUGUGCAGUAUGGGGGCUCUGAAAAAACAUGAACAAAUGCUGCAAAAAUACCCAAAUACAUCCUUUAAGAAACUGAAAAACUCUCAGUAUAGUAAAAUUGUGUCAUUCCGAGUUUUAUCCGCAACGAUAUAUUCAAUUUUGUUGCGACUCGAGCGAUACCUCGCUGUCCAUUCUAGCAGCAGGCUACACAGAGAAUAAAAAAUACAAAUGAAAACGCUGCACACUGCUGUUCAUGCUCCCAGGUGAUUUUGUUACAACAUUUUGACCCUUAGGUCUUCAUCAGGCAUCCAUACCCCAGGUGGAAGGUCCUAUAUAUAGGGGCAGUGCUCAGUGACAUUACUUCCUGAAACAGGAGGUAAAAAUAUAUAAUAUCGGUUCACAAUAUCAACAUUCAAUAUAUACAAAUACAGUGAGCUCCAUAAUUCAUUGGACAGUGACAAUUUUUUUGUUAUUUUGGUUCUGUACUCUAGCAUUUUCAUACAUAUCGGAUGAACCGUUUAGAAAUGACAGCACCUUUUGUACAUGGUCCCCCAUUUUAAGGUACUACAAGUAUUUGUUAAAUUGGCUUCACAGAUGUGUGUCGUUAGUGAAUGCAGGAGAGCUGUUGAUGAAUAGUAUUGAUUCUAGACUUUGCUAUUGCCUUUGGAGGUUGUUGUUGGGGUGUGACAACAUGAGGAAGACAGCAGUGUCAAUGCAAAUGAAGCUGGCCGUCAUAAGGCUCAGAAAUGAAAAUCAAUCAAUCAGGAACAUUGCAAAAACCCUGGCCAUGCCCAAGUCAACAGUUUGGUUCAUCAUUAACAAGAAAAAAACAACCGGUGAACUCAAUUAUGUCAAAAGACCCGGUAGACCGAGGAAGACCACUGUAGUGGAUGACCGGAGAAUACUCUCUAUGGUGAAAAAAAAAACCCUGACAACAGCCCAACAGAUCAAAAACACUCUCCUGGAUGCAGGUGUAGAUGUGUCAAAGUCUACUAUACGUAGAAGACUACACCAGCAGGACUACAGAGGGUACACUACAAGAUGCAAACCACUGAUAAGCCUGAAGAACAGAAAGGCGAGAUUACAGUUUGCUAAAAAGCACCUAAAAGAGCCCCAAGAGUUCUGGAAAAAAGUAUUGUGGACAGAUGAGACAACAUGUACCAGAGUGAUGGAAAGUGUGGAGAAAAAAAAUUAAUGCCCAUGAUCCAAAGCAUACCACCUCAUCCGUCAAACAUGGUGGAGGGGGUGUUAUGGCUUGGGCCUGUAUAGCUGCCAGUGGAACAGGCUCACUUGUCUUCAUCGAUGAUGUGACUGCAGACAGAAGUAGAACAAUUAAUUCUGAAGUCUACAGAAAUACACUGCUCAAAAAAAUAAAGGGAACACUUAAACAACACAAUGUAACUCCAAGUCAAUCACACUUCUGUGAAAUCAAACUGUCCACUUAGGAAGCAACACUGAUUGACAAUACAUUUCACAUGCUGUUGUGCAAAUGGAAUAGACAACAGGUGGAAAUUAUAGGCAAUUAGCAAGACACCCCCAAUAAAGAAGUGGUUCUGCAGUUGGUGACCACAGACCACUUCUCAGUUCCUAUGCUUCCUGGCUGAUGUUUUGGUCACUUUUGAAUGCUGGCGGUGCUUUAAGCUUUAACUCUAGUGGUAACAUGAGACGGAGUCUACAACCCACACAAGUGGCUCAGGUAGUGCAGCUCAUCCAGGAUGGCACAUCAAUGCGAGCUGUGGCAAGAAGGUUUGCUGUGUCUGUCAGCGUAGUGUCCAGAGCACGGAGGCGCUACCAGGAGACAGGCCAGUACAUCAGGAGACAUGGAGGAGGCCGUAGGAGGGCAACAACCCAGCAGCAGGACCGCUACCUUCGACUUUGUGCAAGGAGGAGCAGGAGGAGCACUGCCAGAGCCCUGCAAAAUGACCUCCAGCAGGCCACAAAUGUGCAUGUGUCUGCUCAAACGGUCAGAAACAGACUCCAUGAGGGUGGUAUGAGGGCCCGACGUCCACAGGUGGGGGUUGUGCUUACAGCCCAACACCGUGCAGGAUGUUUGGCAUUUGCCAGAGAACACCAAGAUUGGCAAAUUCGCCACUGGCGCCCUGUGCUCUUCACAGAUGAAAGCAGGUUCACACUGAGCACAUGUGACAGACGUGACAGAGUCUGGAGACACCGUGGAGAACGUUCUGCUGCCUGCAACAUCCUCCAGCAUGACCGGUUUGGCGGUGGGUCAGUCAUGGUGUGGGGUGGCAUUUCUUUGGGGGCCAGAGGUAGCCAGAGGUAGCCUGACUGCCAUUAGGUAACGAGAUGAGAUCCUCAGACCCCUUGUGAGACCAUAUGCUGGUGCGGUUGGCCCUGGGUUCUUCCUAAUGCAAGACAAUGCUAGACCUCAUGUGGCUGGAGUGUGUCAGCAGUUCCUGCAAGAGGAAGGCAUUGAUGCUAUGGACUGGCCCGCCCAUUCCCCAGACCUGAAUCCAAUUGAGCACCUGGGACAUCAUGUCUCGCUCCAUCCACCAACGCCACAUUGCACCACAGACUGUCCAGGAGUUGGCGGAUGCUUUAGUCCAGGUCUGGGAGGAGAUCCCUCAGGAGACCAUCCGCCACCUCAUCAGGAGCAUGCCCAGGCGUUGUAGGGAGGUCAUACAGGCACGUGGAGGCCACACACACUACUGAGCCUCAUUUUGACUUGUUUUAAGGACAUUACAUCAAAGUUGGAUCAGCCUGUAGUGUGGUUUUCCACUUAUAUUUUGAGGGUGACUCCAAAUCCAGACCUCCAUGGGUUGAUUAAUUUGAUUUCCAUUGAUAAUUUUUGUGUGAUUUUGUUGUCAGCACAUUCAACUAUGUAAAGAAAAAAGUAUUUAAUAAGAUUAUUUCUUUCAUUCAUUCAGAUCUAGGAUGUGUUGUUUAAGUGUUCCCUUAAUUUUUUUGAGCAGUGUAUUUUAUCUGCUCAGAUAAAACCAAAUGCCUCCAAACUCAUUGGACGUAAACAUACUGCUAGAGCAACGAAGGGGUUUUUGAUGGCCAAAAGGUGGAAAAUCCUUGACUGGCCGAGUCGAUCACCGGAUCUGAAUCCAAUUGAACAUGCAUUUUACAUGCUGAAGAGGAGACUGAAGGCAAUAAGUCCUCGAAACAAGCAGGAACUGAAGAUGGCUGCAGUACAGGCCUGGCAGAGCAUCACCAGGGAAGAUACCCAGCGUCUGGUGAUGUCGAUGCAUCGCAGACUUCAAGCAGUCAUUGCAUGCAAAGGAUAUGCGACCAAAUAUUAACAAUGAUUACUUUAUUCUACAUUAUGUUAAACUGUCCAAUGUUUUUUGAUGCCCGAAAAUGGGGGGGACCAUGUACAAAAGCUUCUAUAAUUUCUAAACGGUUCAUCCGAUAUGUAUGAAAAUACCCUCAAAUUAAAGCUGACAGUCUGCACUUCACCCUCAUUGUCAUUGUAUCCUUUCAAACUGAAAGUGCUAGAGCACAGAACCAAAAUAACAAAAAAAUGGUCACUGUCCAAUGAAUUAUGGAGCUCACUGUAUAUAACCAUACAUGAGGAAUGUGAUAAAUACAGUAUUUACAGAAAAUAUUCCCUUUUGAAGUAGUAUCCUCUCAAUAUCCCCUCCGCUGCACGAUAUCUUGACUAUUUCUAUUCCAAUGCAUCUCAGAGAGCUCAUAGGAUGUCCAGCUUGUACAAAAUGAAAAGCAACAGGGUUUUUUGUCUCACCUGUCCGUAUAUUGCUGCGGUGGUCACAGAUCCCGGUCUGCAGGUUUUCCCUAUGUAGGACUGACCACAAGGACACUGAUCUUAAAUCUUUGUCGUGUGCGGGGUGGGUGAGUCACAUUGAGCACAUUAGCCACAUUUAUAAUUUCCCUAUAGGACCUUCUUGGACAAGGUUUCCCUUUUCUCUUGUGUGUGUGAUCAGAUUUGACCACAAUGUCUCUCACAUUUGGGGUUCUUUUAAAGACCAUACAUGGGGGUUGUUUAAAGAUGGGUUUCAGUUGUGGGUCAGUGUCAUCAAUUUACCAGUGCUUCCUGAUAAUGUCCUUAAAUGCCUUCCCCAAGGGUGAGUAUUGGUUGAAGCAUGAGGGGACACGUUCAGCUUUUUCUUUUACUUUUGGUUGAAGGGUAUAAAGACAGUUGGGUAAAACAUGCCAAUUAUCAUUUUGAAGGGCUGUGUCUGUUUCUGGUAAGAAGCAUCAGAGCUACAUAUCCUAAUAAUUUGGCUGAAUUGAUUUACAGGGAGACUUUUAAUGAGUGGACGUGGAUGGAAGCGGUCACCUUUAAGGAGGGUGUUCCUCUCCGUAGUUUUCCUGUAGAGAUCUGUAGAGAGGGAGGUUUUGUCCUUAAUAACCAUCACAUCAAGAAAACUGAGUUCUUCCUGGGUCCCUGCAUAGAUCAGGAAAUAUCAUCCAAAUAUAUCUCAGAAUGAGGAAAAUAUUGGGGAGAAAGGUUCUGGAUUCAUCACCACCUGUUUUUCAAACAUUCCUAGAUAUACUGUACAUUCGGAAAGUAUUCAGACCCCUUCACUUUUUCCACAUGUUGUUACGUUACAGCCUUAUUCUAAAAUGGAUUACAUUAUUAUUUUCUUCUCAAUCUACACACAAUACCCCAUAAUGACAAAGUGGAAACAGCUUUUUACCUUAUUUACAUAAGUAUUCAGACCCUUUGCUAUGAGACUUGAAAUUGAGCUCAGGUGCAUGCUGUUUCAAUUGAUCAUCUGUAAAAUGUUUCUACAACUUGAUUGGAGUCCACCUGUGGUAAAUUCAAUUGAUUGGACAUGAUUUGGAAAGGCACACACCUGUCUAUAUAAGGUCCCACAGUUGACAGUGCAUGUCAGAGCAAAAACCAAGCCAUGAGGUCGAAAGAAUUGUCCGUGGAGCUCCGAGACGACAGGAUUGUGUCAAGGCACAGAUCUGGGGAAGGGUACCAAAAAAGGUCCCCAAGAACACAGUGGCCUCCAUCAUUCUUCCUAGAGCUGGCCGCCCUGCCAAACUGAGCAAUCGGGGGAGAAGGGCCUUGGUCAGGAAGGUGACCAAGAACCCGAUGGUCACUCUGACAGAGCUCCAGAGUUCCUCUGUGGAUAUGGGAGAACCUUCCAGAAGGACAACCAUCUCUGCAGCACUCCACCAAUCAGGCCUUUAUGGUAGAGAGACCAGACGGAAGCCACUCCUCAGUAAAAGGCACAUGACAGCCCGCUUGGAGUUUGCCAAAAGGCACCUAAAGGGCUCUGACCAUGAGAAACAAUAUUCUCUGGUCUGAUGAAACCAAGAUUGAACUCUUUGUCCUGAAUGCCAAGCGUCACAUUUUUGUAUGUAUUUUAUAAAAAGUAAUAUAUAUAUAUAUAUAUAUACAGUGGGGGAAAAAAGUAUUUAGUCAGCCACCAAUUGUGCAAGUUCUCCCACUUAAAAAGAUGAGAGUCCUGUAAUUUUCAUCAUAGGUACACGUCAACUAUGACAGACAAAUUGAGAAUUUUUUUUCCAGAAAAUCACAUUGUAGGAUUUUUAAUGAAUUUAUUUGCAAAUUAUGGUGGAAAAUAAGUAUUUGGUCACCUACAAACAAGCAAGAUUUCUGGCUCUCACAGACCUGUAACUUCUUCUUUAAGAGGCUCCUCUGUCCUCCACUCGUUACCUGUAUUAAUGGCACCUGUUUGAACUUGUUAUCAGUAUAAAAGACACCUGUCCACAACCUCAAACAGUCACACUCCAAACUCCACUAUGGCCAAGACCAAAGAGCUGUUAAAGGACACCAGAAACAAAAUUGUAGACCUGCACCAGGCUGGGAAGACUGAAUCUGCAAUAGGUAAGCAGCUAUUUUGAAGAAAUCAACUGUGGGAGCAAUUAUUAGGAAAUGGAAGACAUACAAAACCACUGAUAAUCUCCCUCGAUCUGGGGCUCCACGCAAGAUCUCACCACGUGGGGUCAAAAUGAUCACAAGAACGGUGAGCAAAAAUCCCAGAACCACACGGGGGGACCUAGUGAAUGACCUGCAGAGAGCUGGGACCAAAGUAACAAAGCCUACCAUCAGUAACACACUACGCCGCCAGGGACUCAAAUCCUGCAGUGCCAGACGUGUCCCCCUGCUUAAGCCAGUACAUGUCCAGGCCCGUCUGAAGUUUGCUAGAGUGCAUUUGGAUGAUCCAGAAGAGGAUUGGGAGAAUGUCAUAUGGUCAGAUGAAACCAAAAUAUAACUUUUUGGUAAAAACUCAACUCGUCGUGUUUGGAGGACAAAGAAUGCUGAGUUGCAUCCAAAGAACACCAUACCUACUGUGAAGCAUGGGGGUGGAAACAUCAUGCUUUGGGGCUGUUUUUCUGCAAAGGGACCAGGACGACUGAUCCGUGUAAAGGAAAGAAUGAAUGGGGCCAUGUAUCGUGACAUUUGAGUGAAAACCUCCUUCCAUCAGCAAGGGCAUUGAAGAUGAAACGUGGCUGGGUCUUUCAGCAUGACAGUGAUCCCAAACACACCGCCCGGGCAACGAAGGAGUGGCUUCGUAAGAAGCAUUUCAAGGUCCUGGAGUGGCCUAGCCAGUCUCCAGAUCUCAACCCCAUAGAAAAUCUUUGGAGGGAGUUGAAAGUCCGUGUUGCCCAGCGACAGCCCCAAAACAUCACUGCUCUAGAGGAGAUCUGCAUGGAGGAAUGGGCCAAAAUACCAGCAACAGUGUGUGAAAACCUUGUGAAGACUUACAGAAAACGUUUGACAUGUGUCAUUGCCAACAAAGGGUAUAUAACAAAGUAUUGAGAAACUUUUGUUAUUGACCAAAUACUUAUUUUCCACCAUAAUUUGCAAAUAAAUUCAUAAAAAAUCCUACAAUGUGAUUUUCUGGAUUUUUUUUUCUCAUUUUGUCUGUCAUAGUUGACGUGUACCUAUGAUGAAAAUUACAGGCCUCUCUCAUCUUUUUAAGUGGGAGAACUUGCACAGUUGGUGGCUGACUAAAUACUUUUUUUCCCCACUGUGUGUGUGUGUGUGUGUAUAUAUAUAUUUUUUAUCACUGAGUUCUCAGAAUUCCAUUUUCAUAGUCUGCAGCAUUUUGCAUCACUAUUACACCUCCCUUGUCGGCAGGUUUUAUAAUGAUAGUGGAGUCAUUCUUGAGAUGGAACAGCUGAAUAGGGGAAACGGCUUGAGUCGCACAAAAUUGAAUAUAAUGUUGCGGAUAAAGUUCGGAAUGACAAUUUCAUGUGUACAACAUCUAAAGACCUGCAUCACCAUACUGAGCGCAUUUCCGUUUCUAAAAGGACGUAUUUGGGUGCUUUUGCAGCAUUUGUUCAUGUUUUUUCAGAGCCCCCAUACUGCACAACGAGGAUGAGGAAGUUAAUCGCUGGUUGGGGUAAGUUUCUCAAAAACAAGUGAAAUUGCAAAAAAAGUGUCUGGACCCUUCUACAACACACCAAUCACGUACAUUUUUACAUCAAAAAUAGAUUUGGUAAAAAAGCAAAUUUCUCCUUGAAUGACUUUUAUACAUUAACAAUGUACUUUAUGUAUGGACUUUCAUUUAGAAUAAUCCUGAAUAAAAUGAUCUUUGUAACCUUUGCAGACAAAGAAGCCUAUGGAGCUCACAUGCUCUCCCCCCGCUCCAAGACCUGGACCUUCCCCAACCUGAAGACCCCUGCAGGGUCCACUGAGAUGUACCUGGCCGUGGAAGAAGAGGUGGAGACGGCCCCCUAUGGAUCCCCAUUUAGAGGGGUUGGUUGAAAACAUGAUAAUAAUGUCAGACUAACCAUUUUGCAUUUGUAAUUAAUUUAGAAUAUGAUUAUUAAAAAUGUAUUGUGGAUUUGUGACAUUUUACUAUUGACAGUCUCCCUCUCCCUCCACUCCCCUCUCCCUCCACUCCCCUCUCCUCUCCCUCCACUCCCCUCCCUUCCCCCCCUUCCCCUCCCCUCCCCCCUCCUACUCUCCCCUCCCCCCUCCUACUCUCCCCUCCCCUCCCCCCUCCUACUCUCCCCUCCCCUCCUACUCUCCCCUCCCCUCCCCUCCUACCCUCCCCUCCCCUCCCCUCCCCUCCUACCCUCCCUCCCUUAUAGAAGGCCUGUGGUUCCUCUGGAUCUCGUAACAUAGACCCCAGCAGUCUGCCGGUGCCAGCCCAGACAGGGCUGAGCCGACGGGGGAAGAUACGCAGUACGCCCAGUGCCCCAGAGAUGGGCCUUGGCCGGGAGGCGGGCCUGGAGCUGGUGAGGGAGAGGCCUGAGGAGGCCCUCUCCCCCAGCCGCCCCCAGGUCCUAGAGACCCCCGAGUCGCUCAGUGACUCUCUCUAUGACAGCCUCUCUUCCUGUGGCAGCCAGGGAUGA